CAAGGCUCUGGGAACCUGAGCAGCAACAGACCCAUAUCAACCCUCAUGCAGUAUGGGAAAAGGGACAACCGGGUAGAGCGACAAAAUGACUGUCUCCUUAGUCGUACUGAGCCCUGCUACCAAGUUGUAUGACUGGGAUGAGCAGGUUUCGUCUACAGCACAGCAGGAGACACGGGCUCCACUGGACGGUGGCUCCACCAAGGAGACACGCCAUCGUAUAGACGAGGGAAAAAGACAUCGCCAAUAAGUCAGAUCUCGAAAAAAGAAACGCAACAGAGACGGUCACAAUAAGACAACUUGAGGGUUAUCUAGAUAUAGAGCAUAUAGACUGACUCCACACACCGGAGUAUCAGGAUGAAAAUCCGCGUGAUGCAGAUCUGGGGCUUCCUGAUGACAGUGCUGGGCUGGAUCUUUGUGGCAUGCACCAUGGCCAUGGAGGGCUGGAAGGUCACGUCCAUCGGGGGCAUGGGCGGCUCGGCUGUCAUCAAGGUGGCCUGGUACUGGUCUAACCUGUGGAAGGCCUGCUUCACCGACUCCACUUCUGUCACCAACUGCCAAGACUUCCCUGUGCUCUGGUCCGUGGACAACCACAUCCAGAUUGUGAGGGGCCUGCUGAUGGGUGCUCUGUCUGUGGGGAUGUUGGGGUUCGUACUCAGUCUCAUUGGGAUGGAGUGCACCUUCCUCGGGGGCAAGGACAAGUCGAAGUACAGGAAGCUCUUUACUGGAGGAGUCUUUCACAUCAUCAGCGGCUUUCUGGCUGCGUCGGGAUAUGCUGUCUACGCAAAAUACGUCUCCGGGGAAUAUUUCAACCCCUAUUUUGACGGAUUAAAGUUUGACCUGGGGACUCCUCUGUUUCUUGGCUGGGUGGGAUCAGCUUUCCAUAUGACAGGGGGUUGGUUCUACUUGGUCUCUGUGUGCAAACUGCUCUGUGGGGAUGAGAGCAAAACCAUAAUCAUCCCUGAACUUCCCGAGGUUGAGAGCGACCAGGCCAAGUCCACCACACCACAGUCCCCAGUAUCCCAGAUCACCUCAAAGAUCAAGGGUUCAUCUGCAUCUAAGAUCCCUUCCAAAGCUGCACACUCAGAUGUGUCUGCCAUCUCCUCGAGGUCUGGUCGGUCCGGUCGCGCGUCCAAAUCAGAGCGGUCUGGGCGGUCCUCAAACUCCGUGCAGUCCUCGUAUUCUGGCGGUGGGUCUUUGACGUCUGGUCGUUCAUCGAGGUCAAGGUCUCAUGGGUCAGUGCACUCCGAGGUGAGCAACGGCAGCAGUGCUACAGUGUCCUCUUUAUCCAGUGGGUCAAGGAAGAGCGAGAGAGAACCGUUUAUCAAAAACUCCUACAUAUGACCUGGUUCUGUUCAAGUAUGUGUGAUUUUGACCGGAUUGAACUGAAGUAACAAUUGUAUAUACUGUAUAUGAUGAUUAGGGCUGUCAGAGUUAAUCCGUUAACUUUAUGGU